AAAAGCGCCCCAUUUUCAAGAGCCACUUCGGGAGGGAAAGAGGGCAACCAAGGGGGGACCUCCCUCUCCCCCUCCUUCCCUCCUGGAAGAAGAAAGACAUGUGGACGCGCCUCCUUUCCGACGUGCGGGCCUCGCCUUCCUGGGCGCUGACACGCGAGAGCCUCCCUCCCGAAGACCUGGCCCAGUCCUUCCUCGGUAGGCUAUUGGGAGAUCACCCUUGGGAGGUGGGCAGGAGAAGGGCGCUGGCGAUGGCCUUGGCAGACUCCGCCGGUUGCGCCAAAGCCGGCGAGGACAUGGUCUUCCCGGAGAUCGUGGAGCUGAACGUGGGCGGGCAGGUCUACAUCACGCGCCACAGCACCUUGGUGGGCAUCCCGGGCUCCUUGCUGUGGGAGAUGUUCACCCAGAAGAGCACCCGCUCCUUGGCGAGGGACAGCCGGGGGCGCUUCUUCGUGGACCGCGACGGCUUCCUCUUCCGCUACAUCCUGGACUUCAUGCGGGACCAGGAGCUGGUAUUGCCGGAGCAUUUCCCCGAACGAGGCCGGCUGCAGAGGGAAGCCGAGUUCUUCAAGCUCCCCGAACUGGUCAAGUCCUUGGCCCCAAAGCUCAGCAAGCAGAACUCCAUUGGGGACGAGCCUUGUCAGAGCGACCCCGAAGAGCUGUCUCCAAACGUGGACAUGACCCGAAGUCUGGCUGCCGCCGGAGGGUCCCUGGCUCCUCUCUCCGGGGGUCUUGGCCAAGACCUGCGGCGGUCAGGCUUCAUCACCAUCGGCUACCGGGGCUCCUACACUCUGGGCCGAGACAGCCAAACGGACGCCAAGUUCCGCCGCGUGGCCCGGAUCAUGGUCUGUGGCAAGACCUCCCUGGCCAAAGAGGUCUUUGGGGAGACCCUGAACGAGAGCCGGGACCCCGACCGGCCGCCGGAGCGUUACACCUCCCGCUACUACCUCAAGUUCACCUUCCUGGAGCAGGCCUUUGACAAACUGGCCGAUGCGGGCUUCCACAUGGUGGCUUGCAACUCCACGGGGACCUGCGCCUUCGCCCAUGAACAGACCGACGACAAGAUCUGGACCUCCUACACCGAAUACGUUUUCUACCGUGAGUGACGCUUCCGAAACCAAAAACCACCCUGCACCAAAAGGCAGUUCCUCCCUUGACUGACCCUCUUGUCUCUAGAACCUAGACACCAUUGAACCCUCGAACCUUGGACCUUCCUUCCCCCCUUGCUCUCCAAACUGUGAUCCCUCUCCAGCUCCUUCCUUGCAGCUCUCCCUGAAUCCUGGACUUGGACGCUGUUGUGUUUGUGUGUCUGGAUGCGGGGAGGUUUCUCUUUCUGGGUGAUGUGGGGAGUAUUACCAGCAAUGCAACAUUGUGGGAGUGUUGGGGUGGGUCCUCAUGCCUCGGACUGUUUGUUGCCUUUGCCUAGGCCUAUGCUAAGGCAUUUUGUGGGGGCCUGGAUCCACUCUUGGUGGAGUUUCAGGGAAAGAGGAAGAGGCAAAAAAGAUCCAGAGAGUCUCUCUCUCUCCCUGCUGCAGACAUAUUAACAAUAGCCUCCGUUAAGCGGCUUAGCGCAUAGACUGCCAGCGCUUUGGAAAGGUGAACCAUGCACCUCCCUGCCAUGGGAUAGUUCUCGUGUUGCUCCUGCUGUAAGCAAUGCCAUUCAACCCGUUUUUGUUACUUGGAGUGAUGAGAUAAUGACCCUUGUUUGGGAAGGGCUAUAAUCCAAGGUGACUGGGCACUUUGUUUACACGUAGACCAAUUGGGCAGCCUAAUGCUGCUGGUUUGAAGGAUUCUCUGGCAGGAUGGUAUCUACCGUAUUUAUUAGAGUCUAAUGUGCACCUCAAUUUUCAAAACCCGGAAACCAAAAGAAGUAUUUGCUGCCAAAUGCAUUGUGCAGCUGCAAAAAGUGCACUCUAUGUACUUUGGCCAAAACAGAUGUGCUGCUUGCUUAGAAUUUGGUGUUAGGACACCAAAGCUUUCAGCAGUUGAUAAGAAAACCUUGGGAUGCAUCUAUGCUGUAAAAUGAAUCCACUUUAAUUGCCUUGGUUUAAUGCUAUGGAGUCAUGGGGAGAUGUAGCUUCACAAGGUCUUGAGCCCAUCUGCCAAAGGAUGUUGAGGCCUCAGCAAACUACAAAUCCCAGAAUGGCAUAGCAUUGGGCUCUGGCCAUUAAAUUAGAGAUGAGGUCCCUCAAAGUAGCAGCUGGAGCAGCUUCUCCUUUUGCUUUGGCUUGGCAAUAAGAUCAUCAUAUGACACAUAAUGUGCACCCUCAUAUUGGCCAGGUCAUUUAGCCUAAAAAGGUGAGCAUUAGAUUCGAGUAAAUAUGGUAUGUGUGUAAGGAAGACCUUUUUGUACCUGGGAGGCAACUGUGGCUUCCCUGUCUUCAAGGUGCUGAAUUGGCUGUGGAUUUUAACGUGGACUUCAAAAGAGGCAUCCUAGGUGAACUCUCUCCCCUCCCAAAUAGGGCUGGCAUCUCUGAUAGCUCCUUUUAGGUAGGAACCAAACCUCAGAAUGGAUUCAUCCACACACAGACAAAUGGAGGUGGAAGCUACAGGCUGCAGUUAUUGGGUUGCAGGCCCAGCAUUCCCUGGAAGGCAGGAAGGAGCAGUAGACAUACUGUUGAGGCUCGGGUGCAAUACCCUUUUUAAAGAAGGCAAACCUUGCAGAACCCCCUAGUGCCGGUUUUCCAAUGAAGGAACUAGGAGGCAGAGGAGAUAGAAGAAAUACACAGAUUUAUUUGCAAAUAGAUCUGCGGGUGACCAUCAUGAAAAGGAGUGGCACACCGACUGAGAUUUCACAUGGGGUAUUUAUAAUAUUCUUCCAGGUACAAUUCAUGUCACAAACAUCCUUGUUCUCACGCCCCCUCUUUCUUUCAUCUUGUUUCAUCCUGACAUUUAUCAAAACAACAAACAGCAAAUGUCCAUCUAUCAAAAUCAAAUUGAAACAAAACAUAUCUGAUCCUCACACUGAGGACUGUUUCUAAGGUUUUAUUGCCCUGCCUGCAUGUGUGAGUUCCUUUUUUUUUCCAUGUCAGGAGCAACUUGAGUCGCUUCUGGAGUGAGAGAAUUGGCCGUCUGCAAGGACGUUGCCCUGGGGACGCCCAGAUGUUUUUGAUGUUUUUACCAUCCUUGUGGGAGGCUUCUCUCAUGGAGCUGGAGCUGAUAGAGGGAGCUCAUCCGUGCUCUCCCUUGGUGGGAUUCGAACCUGGCAGCCUUCAGGUCAGCUACCCAACCUUCAAGUCAGCAGUACUGCCAGCACAAGGGUUUAACCCACUGCUCCAGUGGGAGCUCCUAAAUGCAGGGGCUCCUUGUGAAUUCCUAGUCAAUUGAUUUCCUUUGCAUCCCCAGGAAGGCGAGGAGCUUGUUUUAUUGCUGGCCAUUUGGUGGUGUUUGUGACAAACAUUUCUUACUGACAUCUUCUAACUAUUAAGAAGACUAUUUAUUUAAUCAAACAAUUCUGAAUACCAUUGCUAUUUAUGAAUCAGAUUGAAUCAAAUUAAAUCAGGCCCUUUGUGUCCCUUCAAUACGAUGAUCCCACUAUUGUGCUCAGAGACGGCCCUAGGUAUUUUUCAAGUGUAGGCAAACAGAAUUUUGGCACCCCCCCCCCCAAACCAAUCACUGAAAAAAAGCGUUGGAUACGCAAAAAUGUUGGAUAAUAAGGAGGGAUUAAGGAAAAGCCUAUUAAACAUCAAAUUACAUAAUGAUUUUACAAAUUAAGCACCAAAACAUUGUGUUUUACAAGAAAUCAACAGAAAAAGCAGUCUUGACUGUGCCCCCGUAUGUUUUGCACCCGAAGCGACCGCUUAAUUCACCUCAUUGUUGGACCGGCCCUGAUUGUGCUGCUUCCCAGUGAUACAGUGCCUCUGAGCAUGGAGGUUCUACAUAAGGAAAUAGCUCACAUUGGUAAUAGAUUUCCAGGCCUAUGUUUCUGUGGCAGAGCAUGGUCUCCCUGGAUAACUCCUCAGUAAAAGCCAUGUUUUCCUUUCUUGGUUAGGAACGAGGAGAGGGGAUGUGGCCCCAUGGAGAGCCCCGGAUAUAGGAUGUAAACAUUAGUACCGUAGGACGUGUUUCCUGUCCAGUUUUGUCCUUCACUUUAUAGAGUAGGAAGAAAGGGAGGCAGAAAACCUUUGCUUUUCAGAGGUGAAAAGCAUCGCAGCGCUGAGCAGCAUUGAUGACCAUUUACUAGUCAGGCGACUUCUUCCUUUUGGAUUUAUCCGGCAGGCGGUUGGGGAAGGGACGGGACUCAAGAAAGCCAUUCCUUUUCCUUAACUUUGGCUGCACUUUUUUCAAAAAGCCUCUUUCUAAAGCAUAGCAACCGCACUGUGUGUAUUAUGGGAGGGGGGGAGGGGGGAGGUGCUGAGCAGCUGGGGCUUUGCCAAGCCUUUGAGGGGAGGGGGCUCUGUAAUAAAGGAACCAAAUGGGAGAGUCAUGUUCUGGCCUUGAUUUCUGCUUCGGGGCCGAGGAAAAUGGAAAGGAUUGCCUCUUCUCUCCAUUGCCAUAGUAAUAUUCCUGCUUAAGCCCUGUCUGCAUCCGCUGAACCAGAAAAGCGUUGGAGGAACGGUUGGUAUGCGGUCACUCCCUUCCCAAAAUAUUUGCAGAGAUGGUGCCAGUUUCCUUUGGAUGUGGACAGAAAGGCCUUGUGUGAGCCAAAGCCCUUAAGGUUGUGUCUCCAUCAAGAGAUACAAUAAUAAUUACAACAACAACACUAUGUAACGAAAUCAGUAAAAACAUCUGUUCCUGGUUUUAAAUUAAGGCAAAGCUUUUCCCUUGACAUAUUAAGUAUAGUUGUGUCUGACUCUG